AUGUUUUCCAACACCGCCGUGUGUGGUGAUUCAAGCAGCACCGACUCUCUCUCGAGUUCAGCCUCGUGGCGAGGCGCAGAGGCCGACAGCGACAUGCGCCGGGUUGACAUGAGCAGACCGGACAUGGAGCGUGGUCGCCAGAGUAUCGCAGCGUGGCGCCAAACAAAGCUGAACAAUAUCAUUCUGGAGGAGACACGCAGGGCGUGUGUUUCGCGAGAGGAACACCGACUGAUGCUGAAGCAGCUGCUCUCUCUCGCGUACCACAGGGAUCCGAAUCGCAAGGCCAACCUCAAUAAGUGGAAGCGCAUCCUCUUGGCCGUGGAGAAGGAGUACCUUGGUGCCAAUGCGCUCUUCACGCUCUCCCCCGACCCGUACCACCAAGUACUGGCUACGCUGUCGUCUAUGAUGCUGUGGAACGCGGAGGUUCGUCACUGGACGUACGAGUACUGCUCCGACGAGAUUGUGCACCGCCGCUCCCGGCAGAUGGAGAUACUGCUGCGGCUCCAGCAGUCAGGAAAGAUGUUCCUGGGACAGUGA